AUGAAAUUUGUCAAGAUUUUUGGACUUUUUGCUGCUUUCAACGCUGAAGAGGAGUCAAACUUCUUCCCAGCUCGAGAAACACGAGGCUGGACCCUUAAUUCCAUUGGCAACAAUCGGGGAUUAAAUGGCGUUCUCCGACGAAUGGUCGAUUACAAGAUGAUGCACAAAAGAAGCCCUCGACUUGACUUUGGAAUUCCCGAAUUUGACUAUUGA